AUGGAAAACUAUCCAGAUCACAUGUCAACAGUAUCCAUCUCAUCCCUUACCAGGCGGAGAAGAAGGCCAUCUGGAAAAUACCUCCGUCUUUCCAAAAAUUCUGUAACAAAUGAACUGAAUACAAGUCCACCUUCAUUAAAACAAUUUACAUUCUGUACCCAAAGAAAAAUACUGAAACCACAGAAGAGCAGUCUCAGUUCAAGGGACAAUCACGGACCGAAAACCAAGAAAAGUGUCACAUUUACGGUCCCGGUUAUUCAAAAUAUAAACAACAGGGACUCGUCUAGCGAGAACAUUACAACACCAUUAGUGUCUGCUAAAGAAACACUUGACACUGAAUCGGACAUAUCAAAACUUGAGUCUUUAUGCUUCGAACAACCACAUAUCAGCCCUCGGGAGCAAGAACAAAACAACAAAGCAGGAAAUGCUUCGCAAAAUGUUUCAUCAAACAUUCGCUGUAAUACAGCCGAAAGUGACUUUGCUAUUGAUAAAUUAUUUUCAGGGGAUGAUUAUGACGAAGGGAAAAUGCGUUCUAGUCCUACAAAAAUGGAAAAAGAUGCCAUGGUACUACAAGAGGAAAUAAGAGCUAUAGAUGAAACAAUUAGGGCAUUGAAAAAGAAGAGAAAGGAUCUUGUGAGGAAACAACGAGUUGAUUUCUGGCAUGGUCUGUUUGAGGGGAAAUUUUUUAAAAAGACAGAACGAUCUUCAACAGACGUCAGAGCAGUUUAA